UUUACUCUGAGUAAUUCAACUCUGUACAAUUGUAUUACAUGCUGAACUUAUCAAAUUUAUACAUCGCGCUAACUAGAGUAGUCGAUUGUUGCAAGAGUUAAUCUCAGAGUCAGAGUCCAUGCAGACUAUUAUAGUCGUAUUAUUAUUGUGUGUGUGUGGUUCCAGCUAAGCCAAAAAUUACCCAGUCACAAGAUACACCAAGUUUCUAUUUGUGACAUUUGGUUGCGACAACUGACUCUUCAAAAGACGGACAUACUCGAGGGCAAUACUACAUGCGAAAAAGUGAACAUUUUUCGAUCACGGAAUUCACCUAUUUUAUAGAGUCUGAGGAAAAUGUCUACCAUCAUGGAUCUUCAAAUUAUCAAAACGAAUAUUGACCAAUUCUUUCUAGUAAUCAUGGGCAUGUGCAUUAUAUUUAUGCAAUGUGGAUUUGCAUUCCUUGAAGCGGGAGCAGUACGGAGUAAAAAUGUUACAAAUAUUUUGAUUAAGAAUGUUAUGGACUCUUUUGUUUCUGGUAUUGCCUACUGGAUAUUUGGCUAUGCGUUUGCCUAUGGCGAUGGUGGGACGGCACAGAAAUUUAUUGGUGCCACAUAUUUUGCAUCAUAUGAUAUGCCGAUGGACCAGUAUGCAAGCUUUUUCUUUCAGUUCACAUUCGCUGCAACGGCGGCUACCAUUGUCUCGGGGGCUGUAGCAGAGAGAUGCGAAUUUAUAGCUUAUUUUGCCUACAGUUUCGUUAUCACUGGCUUUAUUUACCCAGUCGUUACACAUUGGGCAUGGGGAAAUGGAUGGUUGGCAGACGGGUACGACUAUGGUGGAGACAUUGGACAAAUUGCUUAUCAGGAUUUUGCAGGCAGUGGCGUUGUUCAUGUUCUGGGUGGUGUUUGUGCUUUUAUUGGCGCUGCACUUUUAGGACCAAGAAUUGGUCGAUUCCAGAAAGGUUCUAAUGUUGUCGGAACUCUGCGAGGACAUUCCGUGCCGAUUGCUGCUCUUGGAGGUUUUGUUUUAUUCUUUGGAUUCUUGGCUUUCAAUGGAGGAUCACAGCUGACAAUUAGUUCUGAGGGAGAUGGCGCUGCAGUAGCUGUUUCGGUUGUCAAUACAAUAAUAUCUGCUUCCUUUGCUGCUUCCGGUUCGCUUAUCAUAAACAGAUUACAUAUAUUUGGAAAUACAUGGAGUUUACUUGUCACCAUCAAUGGAGCUUUAACGGGAAUGGUUGCUGCCUGUGCUGGGUGUAACCAGAUGCAUCCUUGGAGUGCUGCUGUGCUUGGCUUGUUUGCAGCUAUGGCUUAUACAUUAUGGUCUACAGUCAUGAAAAAACUUAACAUCGACGAUCCUUUAGACGCAGUUGCAGUACAUUUUGGAGGAGGUAUUACCGGUGUAAUCAUGAUUGCUUUCCUGGAUAAAGAUGACGGCAUACUGUUUAACUGGGACAAAAAGUCUGGUCUGAAACUUGGAUGGCAAUUUGUUGGAUUAGCUGCUAUUAUAAGCUGGUCAGCUUUAUCUUCCCUGUUGAUAUUUGGUAUCCUUAAAUGUUUCGGAGUGCUUAGAGUAUCUCGGGAAAUUGAAGAUAAAGGUUUAGAUAUUCCGAAACAUAAUGAGCCUGCCUAUCCUGUGGAGGCCUAUGGACAUGGACACAUAGAGAAGUUAAUACAAAUCUUAGAAACACAAACUAUGGUUGUAACUCAAGGAUACUCAAAAAUGGCAUAUAAAAACGAGUCAUUCACAAUUGAGAGCGAAUUUCAAGAUAAAGGUGUUUAUGAAUCACCGGAAACUUCUGAGGCUGUAAGAAUUAGGAAUGGAACUCCUUCAAAUGGACACCGUACAGUACUAACAAUAAGUAACGGAACAACACCGUCUAAUGCUGAUCCGAAUAGAAUGUAAAAAAAUAUGAAAGCUAAUUGUACCAAUCGGCAAUCAUCGGGUGACUCCGGUACGGAAUCGGCCGAGUAGUGACGAUUGCUAAUUGUACUUUAUGGAAUGAUGACUCAAGACCAGACACAGGUUACAGACC